UUUAAUCAACGAACGAGAUGCACGGAAGCAGCCAGCUGACUUUGACCUUGGCUUUGGCCUUCAUGCUCUGUUGUCUGGGAUGCACCCACGGCCAAGCCCAGGACGACCUCUUCCGGUGCAAUGUGCAGUACAAAUGCUCCGAUGUGAAAGAGUUGGCUUGGGCCAUGGCAGACGAGCGGUGCUAUGUCUUUCACAACAAUUGUCUGCUGAAGGUGGAGCAAUGCGCCCGUAAAAACAGCGGAAGAUCUGAGCUAAUUGAAACCACCCGGGAGAUCUGCAAGCCGAGCUGCACCAAGGAUUGCCCGGAUAUCUACGACCCAGUCUGUGCGCAGAUCUUCCAGGAGGAGUACUUAACUUUUAGUAACGAGUGCGAGAUGCGAAACUACAUUUGCACAAAUGAGAGGCCUUAUUCCUAUUUGGCCGUCGGCGAAUGCGUGGAACAGCCAGUUGGUUGAGUCUCAUUAAUAAAAUACAUUUCAUUUUAUUACAACCAGCUACAAAAUUAAAUGAAUCCAAGACGCACCUAAGAAACCUUAACAUGAAUAUAAUGUCUUUCUUACUUGCGUUCUUACGUUCAACUAUGGUCUACAAAUAGUAAAACAACACAUAGAUUAGUAAAAACAAGUACUAUUCAGUCCCAAAAUACGCUUUAACCCAAUUUUUCGCAGCGCCUUGACCAAAAACAGGAUCUACAAACCAACUACAGAAAAAUAAAACGAAAAUAAAAGCAAAGCUGGCGCUCA